GUCCAUCGGUUUAAACAAGAAGCGCGUACAGCGGAUUGAUUCAUGUUGGUGGAUUGAGCGAGAAGCAUGAAAGAUACAAGACAAAACAGACAAUUAUGGAAAUGAGUUAAAACAGAUAUUUAAAUGGAGCUUCGACGUGUUUAAUCGAAACUUGUUAAUAAGUGAUAAAGGCGCUGAUAUUAUUAGUUUCGUCCUCGUAGUUAACGGUUAGCAAAAGGUUUAGCUAUCAGGCUAAUCUUGACUGACGGAUGUCAACGGUGCCCUCCUCUGGGUUCAACGCCCCUCUGCCCGUCGAUUUGAGUUAAGUUUGGGUCGUUAGCACGGUUGAAGCUGUCAUGUCGAACAUGAAGCCAUUUAAGCCGGUAUAUAUGAAGACGUACGGGAAGCAGAGCCGAAAGGUUUCCGCCUGGAUCUCUCCUGAAAACCGCAAGCAGGCUUUCGACAGCACAACAUCAACGGACGGUGACAUCUCCGUGUUUGAACCUGCGAGGCCGAGAGGGAGGAGGAGAAGUGUUGCUAGUCACAGAGCGGUGCGUCCUGCCAAGAGAACGGCCCUGACCAAGUUGACCAUUGAUGAGGAGAAUAUCCCCUCUCCUUCAAGUCCUCAGCCUGCUCUGCAGAGCAAGACAAAAAGAGAGAAGAGGACUGGUGGUUCCAGUUGUAGAGCAAGCCGCCCUGCUAAGCGAAAAGCUGCGUUACAUAUGAUAGAUAUCAGCAGUGAUGAAGAGAACGUCAGCAGGCCCUCUCCUCCGUGUCCUCAGCCCCCUCAUCGGAGCAAGACAGCAAGGAAAAGCCGGAUUGUGUCUGUGCCAGGAGCCUUAAUGAGGCAGAGACGCGAGCAGGUUCCAAGGACCAGCGAGAGUGAAAUAGACUCAAAGUCCCCUGCAGAAUGUCACGAAGGCUUGGUUCAAAUGAAGAUGGACUCAAAUGUUAAUCUUCCUUCCGCGGGACGAUUUGUAACUCACCGCAGACGUGCUCUUACUGCCAAACCCAAACUCCCAAAAGCGACAUUCAGUAUACUCAACUCUUCUGAUGAAUUUGCUUCUCGUGCAUUUGGUUCCAGUAAAAUUCUUCAGCCUUCCAGGAGAAGGAGGGUCCCCCCACAAUAUCUGGUGUCAAGUGCGGAGAACUCGUUGAAUGCUGCAGGUGCCGCCAGCUUCGCCACCAUCCCCCUCCGAGAGAUAUCUCUCAACGAGUCGGCAGAUCACAGCAUUGCACUCUGCCCCAAAAAACCCAUCUUUUGCUCUACACCAUCAGCGGGCCCCUUCAACAGACGACCACGCCUGAAACCCUUGUCUAUCAGUGAUCAAUCUGCUACCCCUCCGUCCAUUUCGGUAAGCAGUAUCUGUGUCUUGAGCACGUUCCAAGAGGACCUGAAUUCACCAGGGCAGCCCUUCUCUCCACCAACUUCUGCAGCACCCGUUGGGCUUCAUUCUGAGGAGAAAUCACAGUCGAGCCUUGCUGAGCAGGAACCUUCUGGUGAUUUAUUUAUGGAAGCCAAGAGCAGCAGCGAGGAAGCCAAAAACCACAGUGAAGACAGACAAACCAAAAAUGUUGGGGAAUUACCAAGUCUAAAUCUGCUCUCUACAGAGGACAGUAAUAGCAGCAGUCAUUUUGUGUCAGCGGCAGGAGGUCUAGAGUGGCUGAUAGAGGCUCUGAAGGAGAAAUGUUUGACCGAGCACUGCACUGUGAAGCUGGAAAGAUUGUGUAGCCUCACUGUGACUCAGCUGUGCAGUCAAACAACCUACUCAUCCUGUUUGGGAGAUUCAAGCUCCAUCCACAGCCGGCAAGCAAAUGAACAUCCUCCUUCUGUUGAUCUAUCACAGUCUUUAGAACCGUCAUUUAGUCUCAAUUUAUCUGUGACUAACAAUAAAACCAGUGGUUGUUUUGAGUCGGUCAAUAGCUCUGAGUCUUCUGAACGUGUAGCUUUAGCUGUAGACUGUACAACCUCAGCUGAAGCGUCUUCCUCAAAGGAACCAACAGAGCCGCCAGAAUCAGUAUUGCAUGUUGAAUCUACUCACAGCACAGACAGCAGCGUUGAGUUUGUUAUGGGUACGCAGUUACCUGCCAGCAGCUUCCUACCAGCAUUACUUGCUGAUGAGGAGGCCGCGGCAGUAAAGGACAGAUGCCUUACUAAGAAAUGCAAAGUUCAGCUCAAACAACUGAAAUGGUCCGUACAGCAGAAAGAAGCAGAUGCAAACAGGUCUGAAAAUAACUGCACACAAGACAUUGAAACCUCGGAAGAUCUUACUCUUUCAGGAGAAAUCGCUAAGAGAAUAUCGGCGUCUUUGAGACAGCCAGUAAACAACAGUAGUCCGGCAGCUGAGACACGGUCUAAUGACUCAGAAGCUGCGGAAAAGGCAGCGCUGCUCACAUCAAUGCUGAAGGAGAAAUGUCUAACUAACAAAGUCACUGUUGCGAUAAAGAGAGUAACUUUAUCCCAGUUGAAAGACAUUCUGCAGCUCAGAGACAGAAAACGCAAAGCAUCUACAGAUGUAUCAGCCAGGGAUGACCAGACCAAGAAGCCCCACCAGUCUGACACUGACACUAAUCACGGUAAUAAAGACACCUCUUUCAUAGACUUCAAUAUGCGAAAAAGAGGCUCAGCUAGCUCUGAAGCUUCAGACAAAGAAGAAGUUGUAAAGAACUCUUGCAACAUUCCCAACAAAAGAAAAAAGACAUCUCUGGCUCCUAAAGACAAGAAAAGGAGGAGCACAUCCACAGAUCGACCCGGGACCUCCAGGAAGGCAUGUGUGAGCGGUCUGAGCGUGAGCCGCUGGAAAAACAAAGAUGCCGCAAGCACACAUGCGUUCAGGGGAAGGAACAAGGCCGUGGACUGCAGCAUCAACGAGCUGAUGUCUACAAAACACACACGGCCAAGGGAGCUGUUGGGAACCACCAUGAAUUUCUCCACCCCGGUGAGAGUGAGUCGACUCAACCUGUCAUCUCUCUUGGCUGACUUCACACCUAACACACAAACCUGGAGCCGACUCAAAGCUGCCCUCUCUGUUCAUCGCAAAGGCCUUGUUCUACGCACGCCGGGGGGUUCAAGUCCGUGGGUGCUGGGUUCUCCCGGAAGAGCGGAGUUAGCAGAUGUCAGCCAGGAUCUCUUUGCCUCAACCUUACGGACCCCGCUCCCAAAACACCUCCGGUCACAGCUGAUGAGCAGCAACUCUCACGUUGAGUGUGAGGAUGCAGAUCUGUCAGACGCAGAGAAGGUGUAUGCUGAGUGUGGCCAGCAGCGCCCUCUGCCAUGGGAGGAGUGUAUUCUCCCUCAGCGCAUGAAGCAGUGUGUGAAGAUUGGGGAGGGGACCUUUGGCGAGGUCUUCUCCACCACCAAUGCCUCUGGAGACACUGUUGCACUCAAAAUCAUCCCAGUAGAGGGCAGUGAGAAGGUAAAUGGAGAGGACCAGAAAACCUUUGGAGAGAUUCUCCAUGAGAUUAUUAUCUCAAAGGAGCUGAGCAGCCUGAAGGAGAAGCAGCAGAAUCAGACCCACGGAUUUAUUGGACUCAACGACCUCCACUGCGUUCAAGGCGGCUACCCUCCAGAUUUCCUCAACGCUUGGGACGCCUUUGACCAGAAGAAGGGCUCUGAGAAUGACAGACCAGAUUUCUUUCAAAAGGAUCAGUUAUUCAUAAUCUUGGAGUUUGAGUUCGGUGGCGUAGACCUAGAGAACAGCAAUGGAACGCUGACGUCUUUGGGGGUAGCAAAGAGCAUCCUUCACCAGGUUACUGCUGCCUUGGCUGUUGCGGAGUGUGAGCUACACUUUGAACACAGGGACCUCCACUGGGGCAAUGUGCUGGUCAAAACAACCAAGCAGAAGAAGGGGAGCUUCCUCCUGAACGGAGCAGCCCACUCUCUGGAAACCAAAGGGGUGCUGGUCCGCAUCAUUGACUACUCUCUUUCCAGACUUGAAAUCGAUGAUCUGACCGUGUCCUGUGAUAUCUCGAAGGACGAGGAGCUAUUCAUGGGCCAGGGGGAUUACCAGUUUGAUAUCUACAGGCUGAUGAGACAGGAGAACGGAAACAACUGGACUGAGUACCACCCCCACACCAACGUGCUGUGGCUCCACUACCUCUGCUCCAAGCUGCUUUCCAUGAAGUACCGUGGCUCGGGAGGGAGGGGUGCCAAGGACACGCGAGAGGAGCUCACUCGUUUCUAUGGCAACGUCCUUCAGUACAGCUCUGCCACCGAGGCGCUGCAAAACUGCCCCAUGUUUCAGUAGUAUCGCAUGAAGUGUAAGGAUGCUCACGCAGACACUUUAGGUAGCAUGAAGACGAUGCAGCGUGUCAGCCGUCACUGAUGACCCCCGACAUGUAGAGACGGUUAUUGAUUUCUAUUAGAGACAAAGCUCCUGAAGUUUACCUGAUGUACAGAACUGUCACUAACAAAGGUUAUUAAAGUGGCCAUUUGAAAAGGA